GGCUCGGGCCGGUCCGCCCGCGCGCAGGUGAGUGAGCCAGGGCGCAGCGCAGCUGCGCCAGGCUUGGGCGCCUGGGGCCGCCGCUCCCUACCGUCGUUUUCCCCGCCGAGGCCCCACCACCGUUUCCCCCACGGAGUCAUGGCCGGCUUGAACUGCGGGGUCCCUAUCGCACUGCUAGGGGUUCUGCUGCUGGGUGCGGCGCGCCUGCCGCGCGGGGCAGAAGCUUUUGAGAUUGCUCUGCCACGAGAAAGCAACAUUACAGUUCUCAUAGAGCUGGGGACCCCGACUCUGCUGGCAAAACCCUGUUACAUCGUCAUUUCUAAAAGACAUGUAACCAUGUUGUCCAUCAAGUCUGGAGAAAGAAUAGUCUUUACCUUUAGCUGCCAGAGUCCUGAGAAUCACUUUGUCAUAGAGAUCCAGAAAAAUAUUGACUGUAUAUCGGGCCCAUGUCCUUUUGGGGAGGUUCAGCUUCAGCCCUCGACAUCGUUGUUGCCUACCCUCAACAGAACUUUCAUCUGGGAUGUCAAAGCUCAUAAGAGCAUUGGUUUAGAGCUGCAGUUUUCCGUCCCUCGCCUGAGGCAGAUCGGUCCGGGUGAGAGCUGCCCAGACGGAGUCACUCACUCCAUCAGCGGCCGAAUCGAUGCCACCGUGGUCAGGAUCGGAACCUUCUGCAGCAAUGGCACUGUGUCCCGGAUCAAGAUGCAAGAAGGAGUGAAAAUGGCCUUACACCUACCAUGGUUCCACCCCAGAAAUGUCUCUGGCUUCAGCAUUGCAAACCGCUCAUCUAUAAAACGUCUGUGCAUCAUCGAGUCUGUGUUUGAGGGUGAAGGCUCAGCAACCCUAAUGUCUGCCAACUACCCAGAAGGCUUCCCUGAGGAUGAGCUCAUGACGUGGCAGUUUGUCAUUCCUGCACACCUGCGGGCCAGCGUCUCCUUCCUCAACUUCAACCUCUCCAACUGCGAGAGGAAGGAGGAGCGGGUUGAAUACUACAUCCCGGGCUCCACCACCAACCCCGAGGUGUUCAAGCUGGAGGACAAGCAGCCUGGGAACAUGGCGGGGAACUUCAACCUCUCUCUGCAAGGCUGUGACCAAGAUGCCCAAAGUCCAGGGAUCCUCCGGCUGCAGUUCCAAGUUUUGGUCCAACAUCCACAAAACGAAAGCAGUGAGUGAGCCCCACUUUCCUUUUUCUUCCUCCUCCAGCACCUUCGUUGUUUCCUGGGUAGUCUGCCUGGGGUGAGGCUCCCUUCCUGUUUCUCAUCUGUGGCUUCUGAAACACUUAGACUCUGGACCCGGUAAGAGUUUCAGGAAGUGGGUUGCUAGGCAGUUAGACGGGCUCGUUGGUGAACACCUGGUAUGUAGUUCCAUUUCAGCACAAUAAAAAGCAAUCUUGCAUUCAA